AUGCUGCCCGCCUUGUGCACGGUGCUGGCGGGGCUGCUGCUCCUGCCGCUGCUGCUGCUGCGCCGCGCCUGGCCCUACUUCUUCCAGGACCUACGCUUCGCCCUCACGAUGGCGCGGGUAGCGAGGAGGGCGCGGAGAGCCGGUGCCCGCCGGCCCGCCAGCACGCUCCUGGACGUCUUCGCGCGGCGGGCGCGGCGGACGCCGCACAAGCCGCUGCUGCUCUUCGGCGACGAGGUCUCCACCUAUGAGCAGGUGGACCGGCGGAGCAGCCAGGCGGCGCGGGCGCUGCGCGACGCCGCGGGGCUGCGGGCGGGCGGCUGCCUGGCCCUCUUCAUGGGCAACCGGCCCGCCUACGUCUGGCUCUGGCUGGGCUGCGCCAAACUGGGCUGCGCCGUGGCGUGCCUCAACUCCAGCAUCAGGGCCGCGUCCUUGCUGCGCUGCUUCCAGAGCAGCGCGGCCAGCGUGCUGCUGGCGGCCCCAGAACUGAAGCAAUCUGUUGAAGAAAUACUGCCAUUCUUGAAGAAAGAAAAUGUUAAAGUUUAUUAUUUAAGCAAGACAUCUGCUACAGAAGGAGUUGAGAGCUUUCUUGAUAAAGUAGAUGCUGCUUCUGACGAGCCUACUCCAUUGUCUUGGAGAUCAGAUAUAACCUUUAAAACUCCUGCCAUGUACAUUUAUACUUCUGGUACUACAGGUCUUCCCAAAGCUGCAGUGAUUAACCAUGAACGCAUAAUGCUAGCUUGUGGUUUGUUUGAUGCUGGCAAUGUUACCUCGGAAGAUACUGUGUAUACUGCUCUACCACUCUAUCAUAGCUCUGCCCUCCUCAUUGGAGUCCACGGAUGUAUCAUGAAAGGUGCAACUAUUGUUUUGCGUGCCAGAUUUUCAGCAAGCCAGUUCUGGGAUGAUUGCAGACAAUAUAACGUAACAGUGAUACAGUAUAUUGGGGAAGUGCUUCGGUAUCUAUGCAGUGUGCCACAGAGAAACAAUGAUCAGGAUCACAAAGUCAGACUUGCCAUAGGAAAUGGACUAAGGGCUGAUGUUUGGAGGGAAUUUAUCCGAAGAUUUGGAAAUAUUAAUAUUUUGGAGUUUUAUGCAUCAACUGAAGGAAACAUUUCUUUUGUUAAUUACACUGGAAAAAUUGGUGCAGUGGGAAGAGUAAACUGCCUGCAGAAGAAAAUCUUACACUAUGAACUGAUUAAAUACGACGUAGAGAAAGAUGAACCAGUCCGAGAUGAAAAUGGAUACUGCAUAAGAGUUCCCAAAGGUAAACCUGGACUACUGAUCUGCAAAAUCACCCAAUAUGCACCAUUUAGUGGCUAUGCAGGAGCAAAACAGCAAACAGAGAAGAAGCAACUAAAAGAUGUCUUCCAAAAAGGGGAUUUAUAUUUUAAUAGCGGUGACCUUUUAGUGAUUGACCAUGAUAACUUCAUUUAUUUCCAUGAUCGAACUGGAGACACAUUCCGGUGGAAAGGGGAAAACGUUUCUACAACGGAAGUUGCAGAUGUUUUCGGACUGAUUGACGGCGUUCAAGAAGUUAUUGUAUAUGGAGUAUCUGUUCCAGGUUAUGAAGGCAGAACAGGAAUGGCAUGUAUUCGACUAAAGGAAAACUGUGAAUUUAAUGGAAAAAGUACUUACAGACAUGUUAACAAUCACCUUCCAAACUAUGCAAGACCUCGUUUUAUAAGGAUUAAGAGUGCCAUUGAACUUACAGCAACUUUUAAGUACCGUAAAGUACAACUAGUGGAGGAGGGUUUCAAUCCAGCAGUCAUCAAAGAUCGCCUGUAUUUCCUGGAUGACAAAGAAAACCUGUAUGUACAAAUGACCCAGGACAUUUAUAACUCAGUAAAAAAACAUUACUUCAAAUUGUGAGCAUGUCAAAAAACGUGUGUUUUAUAAUAUUCAGUUUUUAAAGCAUCUAUUAUUCUAACCUUGCCAGGAAAUCCUAUUUAUUAAUACUAGCAAAUAUCAAUAUCUGAAAUAAAGUGUGAAUGUGAGAUUGUUUUAAUAAAGCACGACUUCUCCGACUCUACUUCUAUCUUAGCCUGGCU